CGAGCGAGGCUAUGGCGCUGUGCAAAUAAUUAUUUGUUUUGUGUUCAAAAUUUCUCAUAAACUGCCCAGUUUCUACACUUUCCGUGCACACGAUUCUAUUAAAGUAUUGUCAGACUCAAAGAAAAGUUAUAUUUGCAUCUGUAAACGUGAACAACUAAGUGUGACAGUUUUAGAUAUUCGAUUGUUCAGAGAAACAGAGUGACCGUGCAUAAAUAUGAGCUUUGUCGAACAACAGCUGAUGAAGGUCCAUAAUGCAGCAACUUCUUCAGAAUGGAACGUGAGGGAUAUUGUAUUGACGUUGCUCUUUGGUGUGACACUCAUUACUGCUCUGCCCUAUGUGCAUAUAGGUAUAUUCUAUAUGAUAUUCUGGACGCCAGGCAAAGGAAAGGUUGACAGGGCGAAAUGCUCAUGUAGCUGUUUUGAUACAAUAUUCCGAGGAAGCUACGAAUACCCACCAAGUGGCUACAAGCAUAUCUACUUCAAUGCAACCAGCAGUACAUUAAAGAUAUGCCUCCUGUCUGUUGCUUGCGUCCUUGCUGCCUAUGAGACUAUACGCCACCUUUACACCACUGCCAGAUACAGCCAAAUCCGUCCGACGAUGCUUCUCCUUGUUUUAGUCUCAAUUUACCCGCACUAUUACACCUGGUGGUCCUACUUCAGCUAUCUGAACGAGGAGUUCUACGAUCAUUGGUACCACGAUAUCUUCUUCUCAGUCUCAGAGUGGAUCAGUACGAUAGUCGCAUUACAUUUGUGCGACGUCAAAAACGAAUUCACAACCUGGAAACUCCUGAUUAUCAUCAGUAUAAACGUAGUACACGUGUUCGUCGCUGGUUUGGACCAGUUCGCUGUCCAUGUGAUUCUAAAGAAAGGAAUGGGUUUUCAAAAUGCAAGGAAUCUUGGCUUAAUGAUACCCGAUUGGGUGUUCGUCCUUGUCUCGAUAUUUGAACUCAUUCGUAUGAUGAGAGAGAAGAAAUUGAAAAUAACUGAACUGUUCUAUAAAGAAGAGAUUGCAGUGUCUAUUAUUUUUGUCUCGAUCGCCACAAUAUUAAUAAACAAUGUUUAGUUGGAGACGUCUGUACCGCCAUUUUUAGAAUUCUGAUGCGUCUUUUUUUAGCAUUAGAUAUGAGCAGAUCGAUUCGUGAAUGUCAACACUUAAUUGGUCUCGAUGACACUCGAAGGGAUUAAAAGUUCCUUCCGAAUCCUUUAAUUUUGUAUACAUUCCAGCUUCCAGCUUGUGUUUUGGUUUAGGGACUGACAGAAGCUGUCCUCAACAGAACAGAGUCCUGUGAUUACGGAGAGGUCAAAUUAAAUGGAAAUUACCAA